AUGGCGUAUCUCGAUGAUGAUGUAUGGAUGAUUGGCGUCGCACAGGAGAGGGAGACGCGAGAAAGAGUGUAUGAGACAAUAGGUGAGUCUACAGAGACGCAAAGAGGAAAGGUCAAGGAAGCUAUUUACAGCGCGACCAGGAAGUGCUCCGGGUUGACACGUGAACCAAAGACCCGCGUGGAGACGGGAACAGGUACGGGGCGUGUGCACCUGCGGGAGAACAGAGUCCAGGCAGCGAAGAAAGUUUCUGCGGGUACAUUAGCGCGGGACACAAGUGCAGGACCGCGAGGAAACAGUUUACCGAAGAUUUUUCUCCGCAAAACAAGCGGAGCGCCCUGCGUGUUUCACCGGCGGAGGCGCGCGGGACUGUCCGGCUGGAGAAAGAGACGCACCGAGCCUGGAAUGGAGCAGUGGAGCUUGAUUCAUCCUCUCAGAGACAGACAGUCUGUGAUCUCCAUCAACUCUAACAACUCUCCCCGUGCCCAGUGGAGCCCCCCGCUGUCAGCCCUGAAGAACUACGGCGUCCCCCUGUGGAGCCAUCAAUCUCAAACAAGCAACAAGUCCACUCCUGUUCAUCCAUCUCCUCUGCAAAGGGCUGCUCGUCUGAAUGGAGCACUUAUGAGAACGAGAGCUGUCGCCGUGCUGUGUUGGUGGUCUCUCGGAGGUCCCCUGGUGUUACACAGUUUGUAUAUUGUGUUUUGA